AAAAAGGGCAGACAAAAACAACAUAAAAAAAGGCCACCUUGUUCAGGCAUGAAAAUAAUUCUUUUAUCUUUCCAAUUUCUCUCUCCCACCAAUUGCACCCCAUUGCAAGAACCUUCCCUAGGCAAAGAGAGCCCUUCAAGAAAAGGAAAAGAAAAUUAAAAAGAGAGAGAGAGAGAGAGAGGAGAUGCUUCCUCAUCUCUCUGCACAUCUCCAGAGGCAGGUUUGGGGCUCCUUGUGAGGCUGAGAAAAAGUAAAGUGAAAUCCCAAGCACCCCUAUACGGAAACACCCAAAAUUCAGAGUCUUUUCCAAGUGAAAAAAGAAAGCUGCAACAGGGAAAGCUAAGGAAUCAAAGCUUCAAGGCGCAACCCUUCAAUCUUUUCCCAGCUUCAACCAAAACCCAUUUCUCCAAAACCCCAAAAAUUCACUUCCAAGAAGCACCGACCCAUGAUUUGAUCCAUCAAAGUUCAAACCACACCCCCUCCUGAAAUAUGGGUUUUUCCGCAAAGCCCUCGCCUUUACCCUUCCUCUUCCUCUCUCUCUCGGCAUUGUUGUUCCUCCCUCGAGUCCCACUUGCCAAAUCCGCCACUGACUACACUGCUCUGGUCUACAAAGGGUGUGCGAAGCAAGCCUUCGUGGAUCCGACAGGGGUCUACUCGCAAUCCCUCUCGGCCCUGUUCGGAUCUCUGGUGUCUCAGUCCACCAAAUCCAAGUUCUUCAAGACCACUUCCGGGUCGGGCCAGACCAGCAUCACCGGGCUCUUCCAGUGCCGAGGUGAUCUGAGCAACACCGACUGCUACAACUGCGUCAGCAAGCUCCCCAUUUUGACCGACAAGCUCUGUGGACGGACCAUCGCCGCGAGGGUUCAGCUGUCAGGAUGCUACUUGCUCUACGAGGUCUCUGGGUUCACUCAGGUCUCGGGAAUGGAGAUGCUGUAUAAGUCCUGCGGGGCCACCAGCGUCGCAGGGACGGGGUUCCAGGAGAGGAGGGACACGGCUUUCUCGGUGCUGGAGAACGGCGUGGUGUCGGGUCACGGGUUCUACACGACGAGCUACGAGGCGGUGUAUAUGUUGGGCCAGUGUGAGGGGGAUGUUGGGGACUCGGACUGUGGAGAGUGUGUGAAGAGUGCUGUCCAGAGGGCUCAGGUGGAGUGUGGGAGCUCCAUCUCCGGGCAGAUUUAUCUGCACAAGUGCUUCGUGAGCUAUAGUUACUACCCAAAUGGGGUUCCCAUGAGGUCGUCGUCGUCCUCCUCCUCCUCUUCGUCUUCAUCUUCUUCAUCAGGGUCGGGGCAAAGCACAGGCAAGACAGUGGCUAUUAUAUUAGGAGGGGCUGCUGGGGUUGGUUUUCUGGUCAUUUGCUUGCUGUUUGCCAGGAAUUUGCUGAAGAAACAUGAUGAUUUUUAGUGGCAGUGAUCUAGGGUUGAAGAAAGAGGCAAAAGGAAAAAUUUUGAGGCCAAUUCUUUGUUUUGUGGUUCUUCAUUCUCCAAGUAGAGAAGAGAAUGGACUAAUUUUUUGGGAGGUGGGUGGUGGAGAUGUUACAGAAUGGAGGGGGAGUCAAAUGUUGGUUGGGAGGUGCAACAUGAGGAGAAGGAGAAGAACCUGUGCUUACCGUUAGGUAAAGACUGAAUGAGAGCGUUGAAGAGAAACAGGGCUUGGAAGUAUUACUACUUUUUUUUCUCACAAAGGUGAAAAAAAGAAAAAAACACCGGAAGAGGACUCUUAAAUGUUGCAGGAUUAGGAAUGAAUGUUUGUUUGUCAAUUGACAUUGAUGGAUGGAUGAGAAAGAUGCUGUGGAGAAAUGAGUGUAUGCCCUUUGUUAUAUUUUAAUCCAUGGAGGCCAUAUCUCUCCAUUGGCAUUCUCUCUCUCUCUCUCUCUCUCUCUCUCUCUCUACAAGACACUGCUUAGGUGCCAAAUUGUUCUGCUCGUGUUGUGGAUGCAAAAUCAGUUUUGGGACAUCAGAUUA